AUGUCACUUUUCAGGUCAAGCGCCCUCGGCUUUGCCCGCUACCCCAUAACUGAUCUGAAGCCCAUCCGAAAUCAGCGCCUGUUGGCAUCAGGUGGACUGAGUUUUGCCAAGGGUCUCGUCUGCCACAUGGCACCAAGUGCUGAAGAAAAUGACGGCUUCAGCGAAUCUGCUAUUUCUGCAUUUCAUUUGCUUUCCUUGCAUUGCCUUCUGCAUCAACUGGAACAGCGCCCCGACCUCCUCCUUCCAUCCUCCCCUCCUCCCUGCCACACCACACCACCGCACCCCAAUCCCACUCCCACUCCCACUCCCACUCCCACUCCCCAAAUCCCACAUUCACAUACAUACAGCGUUUCGAAAGGACGGCCGGUGGAACAAGAGGAGGUGAAGAGUGGGGGUUUAUGUAGUUGCGGACUGAAGCAUAAGACUAACCCGCCCUCGGCGGCAAUCCAGACGGCCUCACACGAGACGGCCCACACGCAUGACCCCAUCCCUCGUGUCCCCUUCCGUGACCCCCUCGACUGCGCCCCCUUUUGGUCCAGUUUUCCAGAAUCCCGAAGCAGGUAUUGCCAGACCGCUACAAGAACUUGA